AUGCAACACUAUUUAGUGUUAGUGUUGCUUUUCUCCUUCAUACAUCUCUACAAAGCGGUAAAUUAUCAAUGAUAAUCUUUUGCAAUAGGAAAAAAACUUUUUCAGGAAGACGGCGAAUGCAAGACCGGUAUCUACAUGAUCGAUCAAACCAAAGUGAGGAUGAUUUUUUUAUUUUGGGAAAAUGGAAUUGUCUCAAACUCAUUUUGCUUAUUGAAAUAGUUCAAAUCUACUAAUUCAAUUCUCAAAUUUUGAUGGCCUCUGCCCUUUUGACUUUUUCAUUUUGUUGAGUGGUCUGACUGGCGUCGGUAUCCGCAUGAUUGACCUCGUUUGUUGCAACACUGUAAUUACUCUCGCUGACGUCCAUGUUGCUCGUUUCCGACAAACAAAUUUAGUUAACGUUGCAAACAUGGAAAAACUUCCGGUUAUGUACUUCUCAUGCUGCCGAAUUGUUGAUAAAAAGAUUAUUAGCAAGAAAACUGAUAAGAAGAUAAGAAAGUCCUAGUUCAUGGCCAACCGAAUAAUUUAUUGUCAACAAAAAACUUUAAACAAAUAAUAAUGGUUUUAAUUUUCAAUUUACAGAAUGAGCGUAAAUCCAUUUGUGCGACUGAAAAAGACUGUGCCAAAUUGGAAAAAUGCAUCACGAGGACUGGACACUCUGUGGUUAGUUUUUUCAAGUUUUCAAUCGAAAAUCCAGAAGGAUUUCAAGCUUUUUCUAUUUAUAAAACAAGUAAGCCUCAAAGUUUGGUAUUUGAGAUUUCGAGUUUUUGAGAUGCAGAAAAAUUGCGGAAAAAUGAAAGUAAAUUUACUACUCCAAAGCCCACAAUCUCUAGAAAAAAUUUCGUAAAAAAAAACCUUUGAGAAGAAGGAAAAAAAAAAUGAGAUGUGCCAAAAAAUAAAUACAAUUUUUCGAAGAGUUAUAAAUAUACUAAGAAUUCUGAAAAGCUUUCAACUGAUUAUUCUAGAUAUUAAAAUACCAAUUUCAUGCAAAAAAAUCCAGAAAAAUCUGAGAAUGCAAGUCUGGCUGGAAUAGUUAGCAAACUGGAAAUCUCUGUCUUCCGGGAGUCGGGAUUUUUUUUGAAGAUUCUGUUCUUUAGCAUCGGAAACUUUUUGAUUUUUUUAAAAAUAUUUUUGAAAAUCCCAAAAAAAAAUUUUCAAAGCACUUUAUUUCAAUUUAUUUUAGCAUAUUUCCGAUUCUAUAUUCUGAAAAAAAAAAAACGUUUUAGGGAGUUUGCUGCUUUUAUGAAGACGAAGCAAGCACUGGUGGACGCGCUAGCCGUCACGUCAAGUUUGUCACUCAAUUUGAUUUUAAUAAUCUUUUUGCUUCAGGAGAGCGGAAAAUUCGACCAAGACAACUUCUGAAGCUCCAUUGCUCUCGGAGGCGCUGAAAGAUGCCGAUGCUAUCAGUACUCUCCCGCCUCCGGCUCCUAGUCCGACUCUCGCCAAUAACGGAGUUAAACAGGUUUCUGAAGCCGAAAGAGCAGCCGCGGUCAAAGUUGAAGAAACUCCCACAGCUGAACAGCUGUCGCAGGAGCGGAUUGUCGCGGCCCCUGAAACUUCCGAUCAGAAAACGACCAUAGUUCUGCCGCCAACCCCUGUCCAUUCUAUCAACCUGCCAACUACUACGACGAUCACGACGUGGAUCCCAGUUGAGUCGACUACAACGUCGACUACAACGUCUACCACAACUGCUGCUCCAACAACUACCACCACCACUCCUACAACGACCACUCCUACAACGACCACUCCUACAACGACCACUACUACAACAACCACAACAACUACUGAUAGACCAACCAUCACUAUAAGAACAACGACCACCACUGAAACGCCCGAGACUUCUGCUCCUCCUAAAUCAUUGUUCGCCGCUCCUUAUGACUCUGAAGAAAACCUUAAAGAGCCGGAAACCACGACGGCUGAAGAAUAUGAGACAGACACUCACACAUUUGCUCCUAAACUUCCAGUUGGAGCUGAAGGAUCGGCCCCUGUUGCGUUGACUGAAGAGAAGCCUUUGACUGUUGAGGUAUUCAUUUCUUAGUUACAUGAAAGAAACUACAGUUUGGAGUAAAAAAACCGGUAUGAAAAAAACACCGGCGAAAAUUCGAACGGCGACUUUUCCGAUUUUUUCAUAUCGCUAGGGAACUUUCCGACGGCCACCUUCCCGACGAAUCUUUUCCGACAUUUUUUCUCGAUAAAAUCUUUGUUUUAAAUCUUCCUAUAUAAAAUAGGUAGUUGGUUUAUGAUUAAAACACGAAGAAAUAGGAAAAAGGUUUAUAGAUGUUUUAUAAACCAAAAAAACAUAAGUGAAAAAAAGUCGGAAAAGGAUCCGUCGGAAAGGUGGCCGUCGGAAAGUUCCCUAAUGAUAUAAAAAAAUCGGAAAAAGUCGCCGUUUGAAUUUUUCGCUGGUUUUUUUCAUACCACCAAAAACCAAACUUCAAACUUAAAAUAAAAAUUUUUUUGAGCUGACGGAAAAGUUCUUCACGUCGAAGGCACUAAUUCAAAGUUACGCAAAAAAACUUAAAAAAACAAAUUUGGUGAUUUUUUUCCAAAAGUAAUGAAGUUGUGCGUAUCCAAUUUCAGAGUCUUGUUAAAAAAAUUUCUCAUUUUGGAAGACCUUUCGAAAAAAAUUUUUCCAUUUUAAUUUUUAAAAUCAGUGUCUGAAAGUUCUCAAAAAAAAUUUGAAAAAAAAUUUUUUGUCAAAAACCGAACUUCCAAAUUUGAGUUUACGUUUUUAAUUUCAGAAGACCGUCAAACACGAGCACAAAACGCCUUACGCCGCCCUCGCCACAACGGGUUUCCUCAUCUUGCUUGCCAUGGCUAUCGGGGUCUACUGGCUCAGAAAGAGGUUCUCUUUCCGUUAAUUCUUUACAUUUGUUGGAACUUUCUUUUCAGACAUUUGAAAGCUCAAAACCAGCGAUCGAGAGAUGAGGCCAAGGAAACUGCGACUGCGAUCCCUUUGAUCGACAGAAAUGCCGCUCGCACUUGA